AUGUUAGAUUAAAUCGAUGAAUCAAUUGAUUUUACAAUUAAGAUGAAAUCAAUAAAACCAUAUAGUAGAAAUUUUAGUUAUAUAGAUCGCAGUCCUGAAUAGAAAGUUAGUUUACUUAAGUUAAGGAAAAACUCAAAAAGUUUUAUCGAUUGUGCUACAGAAAAAGUAAUUACUAUAUAUUGGUACGAUUAAGAAAAUGAUUAAACUUAUGAAUUUUCCCAAGGCUUCAGUGAAAUCUUGAGUCUUGGUGAUAUUUGUAAUUGGGCAAUUUUGAAGUUAAAGAAUAUGAAUUUACCAAAGAUUGAUAUUGAAUAAACUAAACUAUAUUUGCCUAAAAAGAAACAAGGCAAACCAAAUGAAGAUUUUCCAUCAUUUAGAAAUGAACUUCAACUAAAAGAUUGUGAUCAAACUAAAUUUUCUCUUAAAGUUACUUUUUUAUUAAGAUAAGUCACUCCUCCAUAAAGAAUUGAACCUCGUUCAUCUUAUUGUAAUUCAUUGAAUAAAGAGAAACGUAUUCCUAUGAUAGAAUAAUAAAAAAAAAGUAGCAAAAAAACAAAUUUUUUUUGUUUCUGUAACAAUGGUGAAUGA